CUCAUCCGCACCACGCUCCCCGUUCUUGCAACGUGCUCUGUGGCGCCGCGUCCCGAUCGACCAUCCUCCGCCGAUCCAUUCUGCAAGUGAGGACGAUGGCCAGCACGGGUCCUUCGACGUCGCCGCUGACGGCGCAUGUGCGCUACGUGCGCGGCAGCGAUGCCAUCACGCUCAAGUUUCCGCUCUUGGGCGUCGAGCGGCAGCUCGUGCGCCAGCCAACGGAAGAGCUCAGCCGCAUUCUCGUGCGCAUCGACCGCCUCUUGCACCCGCCCAUGACCAAGCAGCAGUUCAAGCAAGGCAAGAAGACCAAGCUCAAGCAAGUGCACGAAGCCCUAGGCAAGGCCACAACAACCAUCGAGCUGCGCGAUCGCGACGGCGCACCGCUCUCACCGACGCUGCCGCUUGGCGAUGUCUUGCCACGUGCUAUGACAUUGCAGAUCCAAGACGACGUGUACGCCAUUGUGCUCAACGAGCCGGCGCUGCUUGCGUUGUCGGUCACCGAGUUCGACCUCGUUGUUGGCGUCCCGAUCGUGCCGACGGUCGAGCUCGAAUUUUGCACCCAAACCGAGUGCCAAUGGAUGUGGACGCGCGUGUCGUCGACCAGUGAAAGGACCGUUGUCGGUGCAGCUUUUGUGUAUACGCCGACCAGCGACGACGUCGGGUGUCGCCUCGAGGUCAAUUGCAUUGCGCCCACCGGCGCCUCGCUUGCAACGACGACAACCGGGAACGUCGUGCCGACGCCGGACCGGUCGGCGUUCGCCGCGCGUCUCGCCCAUCCCGCCCCCGACACCGACGACGCGAGCGCUUUUCGGAUCAUGUCGUACAACAUUUUGUAUGCCAAGUACGCCCGUGCCGACCGCGCGUACAAUCGCAUGUACCCGUAUGCGCAGCCCGGCAUCCUCUUUGACAAAUACCGGCUGCCGCUCAUCGCGCUCGAGAUGCUGGAGACGCGCGCCGAUCUCAUUUGCGCUCAAGAAAUGGGCCAUGGUGUCUUCCACUCGUACUUUCUCCCGCUCUUGCGCGCCCACGGCUUUGACGGGCACUACGCAGGCAAAGCAGGCACGACGCCCGAAGGCUGCGCCGUCUUGUACAACACGGCCAAGUGGCAGCUUGUCGAAGCCACCGUUGUAGGCUUUGCAGACGCCCUCAAGGACAUUGAGUCGACGUCGCCGCUGCAGCACUUUCUCAGCGCGCACCCGCAGGUCGCGCUCGCAGUGGGCACGGUCCCGUCCGUCGCGCAAGUGCUUUUGCUGCGGCAGGUGCAUGGCGCUGGCAUCGUGCUCGUGGCCAACACGCACCUCUUCUUCCGUCACGACGCGGACGCGGUCCGGCUCGUCCAGACGGUGCUCAUGACGCGGUUUCUCGAGCAAAAGAAGGCCGACAUUGAAGCGAGAGACGGCGUGCCAGUCAGUGUCGUCAUUACGGGCGACCUCAACGCGCUUCCGGACGCGAUUCCCGCCCAGUUUCUCCUGCGCGGGGCCGUUGGGUCGGACCACCGGCAUUGGCAAGAAGCUGCGGCGUUCCAGUGGAGCGCAGAGGAAGGGUCGACGCCGACGCCGUGGCCGGAUACGAUGCCAGAGACGCUCGCACACGAUUUGAGCCUCGGCAGUGCGUGCGGGUCGCCCGAGUUUACGCAUUUCGUCAAGAACCACGAAUUCACGUUCAUUGGGACGUUGGACCACAUUCUUGUCGACACGGAGACGCUGACGCCGACGAGUCAUCUGCCCUUCUUCUCGCUCGACGUCGCCGGGCAUGAAAAGUCCUUGCCGUCAAGCGUGUUUCCCUCCGACCACAUUUCGCUUGUGGCCGACGUUCGCUUCCAUACUAGUCCUUCGACGUUGAAAUAGCACCCCUCUGCAUUCAAUAUUGUCUUUUUGGUGGCGACGAGCAAGAGCAUGCAGCUCCGACACCAAUCUCGCCCAACUUGAACACAAAGUAGUCCCAUGAACGUCA